AUGAGGAUGAACUAUCUGUCAUUUAUUUUUCUUCUCUUCCUUCCCCUCGGUAUAGUUUCGAGAGCAUGGGUUGAUGUUUCGUUUUGCGUGGUCGAUUGUCUGAAGGAUUGGCACUAUCAUAGCAAGACAGGUCAUGAGAAAGAAAUGGCAAUGGAUGAAAAAAAAUACUUAAGGCUUUGGGCUAUAUACCGUCUAAGGUCUGGAUAUCCCCGAGGCUGCGUAUCAUUAUACGUGUACGGUGUUUCAACUGGUGCUAAGAAGAACAAGCUGCGUACGACUUUUGAGGACUGCAACAGACUUUGUCAAGCAAAAGUGAUUAAGAGACUUCCCGGCGCCAGCGACAUGAUGAGGGCUACCAUAUGUUCCCAGGAAUGUGCCGUCUUUCCGCACAAAAAUUAGAGGAAAUGUACCUUGAUACAGCAACAUGAAAAUAUGGAACGACAACAUGAAGGCCAUAAUAAAGAUUUACUGUUCUUCAUAUUGUUACGAUGUUAAUAGAGCUGUAAAAGUGUCGAUCGUAAAAUUACCUUAUAGAG